CGCAAAUGUGACCACAGACUCUCGACCCAUCUCACCUUCUGCAUCCAUGCUCAGGCGGCCCGCCGGCAGUCGUCGAUAUCCAUAACAUACAUCCCCUAGUGGUCGAGAGAUACGACCAAUGCACCGUGAUUGUGGGAUCGGACUAUUCCAAGAAGGCCAGCGCGGUUGUGAUGUCCGUGACCUCGACGGACAAGUCGGUGAUCGUCCGUGCCCAGCUUGCAAAGGGCAAGACAGUCAAGAACUGCGUCUUGGCGGCGGUCUGUCUCUCAGUCGAGCAGCUCCGGUUCAACCAGCGGAGGAGGAUCGAGGACAGGAAUCGCGAUAUGCUGAUGUCAAGCACCCAAAAGUCUCCAUCCAAGGAUCACUCCCGCUCCGUGCAGACACUCGAGCAACUCAUGGGACCCAUGCCCCGCUCCAAGAAGAUCUUUUCAGCAUUUGCGUUCAUUCUCACGAUGCCGGGCGAAGAAUUGGCCCGUUCGGUGGAGACCAGCGACUUCGAGAGCUAUCCUGCGCCCGAUCGUGCUUAUCUUACGACUCAGAUACAAGAAGGCGGCGGCACCAUUGUCGACGAGAUUGACGACUACUUUGACGAGGGCGAGGGCGAGCGGAGGCUGGACAGGUUGAAGAAGUCCUUUGCCGAGGUGAUUGUGAUUUCAAAUCGGCCGUCGCGGACGAAAAAAUUCCUCAUGGCGUUGGCGCUGGGCCUGACUGUGGUCGGCUUUGCAUGGGUUCGAGACUGCUGUCGGACGAACACAAUCCAGAACAAAGAAAAAUAUCGCAUGUCCAACGGCUGGUCGCUGGAUCUGGGAUAUCACUCGGCGGUAUCGACCAUUCCGCCUGACAAGCCAGGACUCUUCCAUGGAUAUACUUUUCUGAUACUCGGAAGCUACGAUCGCAAGCUCGUUGACUGGGACAAGAUCAUCCGGAUGGCCAGCGGGGCUGUUGUCCAUAUCGGCAGCAUCAACAAGGGCAAGGUGAACAAUCUAGAGUCGUACUUUGCCCUGCCCACCAGCCAGCGGCAUGCCUACUCCAAGGGACUCGGGGGCAUUCACGUCAAGGCCGAGUCUCGCCGGAUCGACUUUGUUCUGGUGGAAAAGUCGCAGACACCAGAACGCAGCCACCAUCCCGACCCAUACUCGUCGAUGACGGCGGGGCUGCAGCAGCGAGAGGCGCUGUUGAAGCAGCAGCUCCAGUUCCUGGAGAUGCACGAGACCCAGCUUGCCAAGCACAUACGCGGACCGGUCGUGACGACCGAAUGGGCGAUCCAGUGCCUGAUCAGCCAGCGGGUAUUGGAAGCGGACCGGCAUCCGAUCUACACCAUGGCAUGACCUGUGGCGGGGGUGGAUGGGCGACAUGUAGCUGCCGCGAGAACUGUUUGCAACAUGGUCUCUUUCGUCGUCACAGC